AUGCAUGAUACAAUCCGUUUAUACGAAAGAGUCACUUAUGCCAUCAAAAUUGACGGGAAAACAUACACUUUCCAUCUCGAGAAACAGUCAUUUUUAGACCCUCAUUUCAUGGUGUAUUCAUACAACAAAUCAGGAACAUUGAAUUCAGAUUCUUCAUUUAUAAAGGGCCAUUGCUUUCAUCAAGGAUAUGCUGCAGAGAUUCCAAAAUCAGUUGUGACACUAAACACUUGUUCCGGACUCAGGGGAUUAUUGCAAUUGGAAAAUGUCAGUUAUGGAAUUGAACCAUUGGAAUCUGCAGCUACAUAUGAGCAUAUGCUUUAUCAAAUAAAGAAUAAUAAAAUUGAUUUUCCUCCCUUACGAAAAACUUAUCGUUUGACCCAAUUGGUAGAUAAAUCCUACAGGAUCCUUGUGAAAUCCGAAAAAAAUUCAGAUGUGCUAUUGAAAAGAAUUCUGAAGAUACAAAUCAUUAUGGAUAAAGCCUUGUAUAAUUACAUGGGCUCUGAAGUGGCAGUUGCAGCUGAGAAAGUUGUUCAUAUCUUUAGUCUUAUCAACAGUAUGAUUUCCCAGCUUAAAGUGACUGUUAUGUUAACUUCUUUAGAGAUCUGGUCAGAUCAAAAUAAGAUUUCCUCUAAUGGGCAUGCUGAUGAAGUACUACAAAGAUUUGUGUCAUGGAAAGAAAAAUUUUUAUCACAAAGGUCUCAUGAUAUGGCAUACUUAUUAAUAUAUCAGGACCAUCCUAAUUAUGUAGGAGCAACAUAUCAUGGAAUGGCGUGUGAUCCAAAGUUUGCUGCAGGAAUUGCUCUGUAUCCAAAGAUGAUAACGUUAGAUGCAUUUGCAGUUGUUAUGGCACAGUUGCUUGGAAUUAAUCUUGGAUUAACAUAUGAUGACAUCUACAAUUGUUACUGUCCAGGAACUACAUGCAUAAUGAAUCCUGAGGCAAUACGUUCCCAUGGCACAAAGUUUUUUAGCAGUUGCAGCAUGAAUGAAUUUAAACGUAUAGUUUCACAGCCUGAAUUUGAAUGUCUUCAGAAUCAAGCAGCUUCAAAAGUGGUUAACCAAGGAAGAUCUAGGUCUUGUGGCAACGGGAUUUUGGAACCGCCAGAGCAAUGUGAUUGUGGCCUUCCAGAGCAUUGCAAAUUUGAAAAAUGCUGUCAUCCUGAAAACUGUACUCUGAUUGACUUUUCGGAGUGUGGCACUGGACCAUGCUGUGAUGAAAAGACUUGUCUGGUAUCUGAAAGAGGAAUUCUAUGUAGGAAAAGCAAAGAUCUGUGUGAUUUUCCAGAAUAUUGCAAUGGAAUAUCUGAGUUUUGUGUACCUGAUGCAAUAUCUGCUGAUUUAGAACCAUGCAGUAAUAAGACUGCCUACUGCUUUGGCGGAACAUGCCGAGAUCCAGAUGUACAGUGUGUAGAGUUAUUUGGAAAAUUUGCUAAAGGUUCUACUUAUCUAUGUGCACAAGAAGUGAAUUUUCAAGCAGAUGACUAUGGAAACUGUAAUAGGAGGUCUUGUUUUUUUAAGAGUACCCUUUGUGGAAAGAUGGUUUGUCACUGGACACAUUCAGAGAUAGUACCUCAUUCAAAUUUUGAUAUUCAAUAUACUUACCUUGGAGGCCAUAUAUGUAUGUCAGCAGUAUUAAGAAAUCAAACAGUAGCUACACCAAGGGAUAUAACUUAUGCAGUUGAUGGCACUAUAUGUGGUGAGAAUCAGUUUUGUAACGGUGGAAGUUGCCAUGAUAUCAGUGAAUACGCAGGAAGAGUCGAUUGUGACUCAAAAACAAAAUGCCAUGGACAUGGGGUUUGCAAUAAUUUCCUUAAUUGUCAAUGUGAUGUUGGAUAUGCUCCUCCGUCUUGUGAGCCGACACCAUCAUCACCAGGAGGAAGUAUCGAUGAUGGGUUUUGGAUUGUGCAGAGUAAAAGUACAUACUCGUUUGUAAAACGAAAUGGUGCUGCUCCUCGAAAAAAUGGCCUCUUGAUCAGUGUCUACGUUUUUCUACCUUUCUUUAUUUUAAUUGCCAUCGUUGCUCUUAAAUGGAGUAAAAUGAAGAGAUUUUGGAGUAGAGAGUGAACAGUAAAUGAAGAGUAA